CGCCCGGCCGUCCCACUCGCCGCCGCCUCCUCUCCUCCCCCGCGCCCCGCUCCUCCCACCUCGACGCCGCCUCCUCUCCCCUCCCGCGCCCCCUCGCCCCCCUCGCCCUGCCCAUCCAAGCUCAGGGUCGAGGGGCGGGCCGGGUCCGGGCGCGGCGGCUCGAUGGUGAGCGCGAUGGAUCUCGAGCUAGCUCGGGCGUGUGGACGCGUUGGUGAGCGCGCCAGCGGCCGUGGCGAGCUCGAGCCCGGGAUAAACCUAGCAUCAUGGUCGCCAUGGACGCCGGCGCUGCACCUGCGCCGCUGGUUGGUCCUCCCCGACACCGUCCUGGCCCUCCUGCAUUGCAUCACCCUCCUACCGCGCCUACUAGACCUACAGGAAGUGCUCAUGUAUCAAAUUCCAGUUGUUACUCAACCUGUAGUGGAUUCCAUUUGCUGAAGAUAUCGUCCAUUGUCACCAGUGCAUCCUUCUAUCUGGCCUUCACGGAUCAGUGGUGCUGCUGUGUGAAUUUGUGCCGCUAUGUCGAAUUGGGCGGAGGCUUCCCUGUCAAGAAGAAGGUAUCCUACAAACUCCACCCAAUUCGACGAGCAUUGAGCUGCAGCACCAUCUGGUACUUGUACGGUCUGAAAAGCUUGUGCUAUGUCACUGAUUUCUUGGUGCGAUCCAUGGUGGUGCAGGUGCAGAGAAGCGUUGGGCACUUCAGUGCAGGCAAGGUGGUUGCCCAUGUCCUGGAGGCUAAGAUGUAUCUGUCAAGAUGGGAUAUUCAGGUCGCUCUGCGUAGUGGGUGCCUCGUCAUUUACAGGAAAGUUAUUAAUUCUAGGAAGCGAUUGCGUGCUCAUGUAGGACUUGAUGAAGGAGAGGUGUAUGGAAGUACAAGUACAGAUCUUGGUGUUGAUUCUGCCUCACCUUUCCAGCCGGCAGUGGUUCGAUUUGCUGCAGGUUUCCUCGGUGUUCAGUUGCUUGGUUCAGUGCCGUACAAUAUGAUGCAGAAAACACAAUAG